AUGAACACCAUCUCUCUUUGUCUUGGUCUUGGCCUCCAUGAACAAAGACAGAAGAAAAACAAGGAGGAUCCAUCAUGUAGUAGCUCAAAGGCAUACCAAUAUUCUCUUACGUUAGGAAUAGCAUCCCUUGAUAAUAUUCAUGAGAAAAAUAAUCAAGUAGCUGCUACUACUACUACUACAAAGAUUGAAUCAGAUGUCUCUAAUUCUACAAGCAUGCAUGUGUCUUCAUUUUCCAACUCCAUUAGUAACAUCAAAAGGGAGAGAGAUGAACAUCAAGUACACCACCUUCUACAGAAGAUUCCAUUUGUUGAUUUCGAUGUUGAUGAGAAUGGUAACUCUAGCAAGAAGAAACUCAGGCUUACCAAAGAACAAUCCACAGUUUUGGAACACACCUUCAAAGACCAUUCUACCCUCAAUCCGAAGAAAAAGCUAGAGUUGGCAAAGAAGCUGAAUCUUCGGACAAGACAAGUGGAGGUGUGGUUUCAAAACAGGAGGGCAAGGACAAAGCUGAAACAAACGGAAGUGAACUGUGAAGCACUUAAGAAAUGUUAUGAAACUCUAACAAAAGAGAACAAGAGGCUUGAAGAGGAGUUAAAAGAGCUCAAAAUGAUGAAAACAAUGGCGGAACCAUUUAACUAUACGCAGCUUCCGGUGGCCGGUCUUAAGGUUUGCCCUUCUUGUAAGACAAUUUGCAACGGUAACAGAAGUGUCAAUGGAACCUCUCACACCACGGCACAAAUUCAGUUGUAUACAAAGACAAAUAAUUAUAUGUUCACCCAAUCCUCUGCAGCUAUUGCUAGCUAG